AUGCUAUCUAUGAAGAGCAAGAACGUUAACAAACGUGAAGAGUAUCAUCAAAGAGUGUUUAGUUGCUUUGACAAGACCCAACAAGGGAAGGUAUCUGUUUCCACCAUCGAAAGAUGCGUGGAUGCUAUUAAGUCCGGGGAAAAGGCCCUACCAGAAGAGACGACCACGACCGAUGAUAAAUCCUUGGAACUCGAAGAAUUCGUGAAGCUGGUGGAACAAGGAGAUGAGGAAGACAAGGAGAAGGACUUGAAGCAAGCUUUCAACAUGAUGUUUGAAGAGAGUCUACAAGGCAUUACACCUAAAAGUUUGAAGAGGAUGCUAAGUUUGUUGGGUGAGUCGCCUAAAAGCCUUGAAGAAUGCGAGGUUAUGAUUUCGCAAUUUGAUAUAAAUAGGGAUGGAAUUAUUAGUUUUGAUGAGUUUAGGGUGAUGAUGAUGAUGCAAUAAUAACAACUAGAAUUCAUCUAUAAUACUACUACUGCCACCGUUCCUUACCAAAGGCUUGUAAGAACUCUCUGAAAUCAAGGUAUUAUUAUUAUUAUUA